AUGGAAGCAUUGCAAGAAAUUCAGCAAGAGUUAAGCUCAAUUGAUGUUCAAGUGAAAAAUUUGCUGGAUAGAAAAGAGCAAUUAUUACAAUUACAAGAUCAAUUACAACAAGAAAUUGUACAGCAAGCGAAAUGGUCAGGUACGAAUUGUACCGAUUGGAGCUCUGAUAGCAAUUUUACAUGGUCUAAUCAACUCUUGCAAAUUAGCCGAGAUACCUUCGGUAUCGAAAAUUUUCGCCAAUACCAGCUGGAAGCGAUGAAUGUUACGUUAUCUGAAAUAGAUUGUAUACUGAUUUUACCUACUGGGGCCGGAAAAAGCUUAUGCUAUCAGAUACCGGCUCUAUUGAGUCAAGGUUUCACUCUGGUAAUAUCUCCUCUGGUAUCGCUCAUGCAAGACCAGAUUAUUUCCUUAAAAUUAAAAGGAGUUGAAGGCGUAGAGAUGCUAAGUGCAGAAACUGAACCUAGUCAUACUAAGGCCGUUUAUCAACGCAUGUUAUCUGACAACGAAGGGAUUUUGAAGAUAUUAUUUGUUACACCGGAAAAAAUUGGUAAAAGUAAACGAUUUUUAUCCAAUUUAGAAAAGGCCAAUAACUGCAAUCGACUUGCCCGGAUAGUCGUUGAUGAAGUUCACUGCACAAGUCAAUGGGGAAAUGAUUUUCGACCAGACUAUAAAGCAUUAGGUGUUCUCAAAAGACAAUUCCCUUCAGUGCCUUUACUAGGUUUGACUGCUACUGCCAGCGAGGCUAUUACUCAAGAUAUUAAAACAAUCCUGUCACUAUCUACCUGCUGCAUGAUAUUUCGCGGGUCAAUGACGAGAGUGAAUUUAAUUUAUGAGGUAAGACAGAAGCCAUCUAGUCACACUGAUACGAUAAACGAUAUGGUCUCCUUAAUUAACGACAAGUUCCGAAAUCAAUCAGGUAUUAUAUACUGUUGUACCAGAAAGGAGAGUGAAACCGUUGCCAGUGAUUUAGUAUCAAAAGGGAUUCAUGCAGCUUUCUACCAUGCCGAUAUGGAAAUGUCCGAGCGCAGUUCCGUACAUCGACACUGGAUAGAAAACAAAGUUAACGUUAUUGUUGGGACCAUCGCUUUUGGUAUGGGCAUCGAUAAGCCGGAUGUUCGCUUUGUUAUUCAUCAUACUAUUAGUAAAUCUAUCGAAAAUUACUAUCAAGAGAGUGGUCGGGCUGGAAGAGAUGGUCAGUUAGCGCGUUGCAUUUUAUAUUAUCGACCUUUAGAUGCUUUUAAACUAAGUUGUAUGGUGUUUAUGGAGCAAACUGGUCAGAAAAAUUUAUAUAAAAUGUUACAGUACUGUAAUAACAUUAAAACUUGCAGACGGAAGCUAAUUGCGGAUCAUUUUGUUGACAAUAUAGCCAGCUGUAAUUGCUCAAUUUGCGAUACUUGUUCUAAUUCUUCUAAUGUGAUAUCAUCGGAUCAAAACGAAAUAUGUCACUUCAUUUUACGCACUAUACAACAAGCAACUGACGGUGAUGUCAAUUUAACCCCUUUAAAAAUUGUUAAAAAUAUACAAAAACAUUUUAGUAACUUAGAUAUAUUUAUGAUAGAAAAAGUCAUUGUUACCAUGACACUGCGUGGCCUAUUGAAAGAAAAUCUUCAUUUUACUCCUUAUUCUACGAUAUGCUAUUUAAUAGCAGGUAUGAAAGCAUCCACAAGCAAGCAGGAGAAUUUCAAAUUUGUUGUAGAUACUUUUGAAAAUGCUAGUAUGAAACGUCAAGCCCCAAAGGAAAUUGCUCGUUCGUCAAGUAAAAAGCUAAAAAGACAAAAUGCUGUUGUUGAUGAUCGAGAUGUUGUAACCAUUGAUUAA